CAACGAUUCCUGAGAUUUGUGUUGAAGAUUAUCGAUGCUUUGUUGUUGAAGGAAAAAGGGAAAAAAAAAUUAUCUAAAAAAACGAACACUUUUAAUCUUGUGGUAUGCUGCAACUUUGGUUUUAUCAUCCAAAUGCUUUCAUUAAGGUAUCAUGUCUGAGCAACCCGAUUAUGUUCGUGAAAGCUCCAGCUCAAGUGUAAGUAGCACAAUCCCGGAUAAUGAGGAAGACUUGACUAUUGGAAGCAUAUUAGCAGAAGAAAAUCACAGAGUUGAUAGAAGUCUUGGGAAGCGUUUAUCACAUUUGGAUUCAAUUCCGCACACUCCUCGAGUUAAUGGUGAAAUUCCGGAUGUUGAUAAUGCAACUUUAGAUCAUGAAAGGCUGACAGAAAGGCUUGCCACAUAUGGAUUAGCUGAAUUACAAGUUGAAGGAGAUGGGAAUUGUCAGUUUCGAGCUUUAGCCGAUCAAUUGUUCCGGAAUCCUGACUAUCACAAACAUGUUAGGAAAGCAGUAAUAAAACAGCUAAAGCAUUUCCAGGAAUUUUAUGAAAGCUAUGUUCCAAUGAAUUACAAAAGUUACCUGAAGAAUAUGAAAAGGUCUGGGGAAUGGGGAGAUCAUCUAACAUUACAGGCAGCUGCCGAUCGGGUAACAUUGCUUUUCAAUUUGAAGUUGGUUUUUUGCAUUUUGAUCCUCCCAUCGAAAGCUUUUAAUUCGGUGCCAAGAUUUGCCUGCUUACAUCAUUUAGAGAUACAAUCCUCAUCGAAAUUGUGCCCAAGGAUAAAAAUCCUUCAAGAGAGCUCUGGCUGAGCUUCUGGAGUGAAGUGCACUACAACUCUCUGUAUGGAGCCGAUGAUCUUCCGACUCGGGUAGCUAAGAGAAAGCACUGGCUUUUCUAGGACAGUACAGUUAUUCAUUUACUUACCCCAUACAGUAUAUGUUCAUUUGUGCUGUUGUAUAUUUUUGGCCAAUAUGUGCUUUAAGUCCUGUAGAAAGAAACAUGUUUUAUUGUGUAUGACAUUUUUUUUCUUUUUUACUUUCCGUGAAGGGUAUCGCCUACCUAAGAGAAAGCACUGGCUUUUAUAGGAGGGUAUAGUUACUCGUAUACUUCAUACCGUAUGUGUUCAUUUUGUAUGUACUACCUUUGUAUAUUUUUUGUCCAAUAUGUGGUUAUGUCCUGCAGAAAGAACAUGUUUAUUGUGUGUGACA